AUGUUUCAUAAAAAUCGUGACAAAAGUAAGUGGUGUGAUUUCCAUGGAGAUCACGGCCACCUAACUGAAGAUUGCCGGCACCUAAAGGACAACCUAGAGGAUUUGAUAAGGAGGAGUUACUUCAACCAGUACAAGGCCCAAACAAAAGAGGGUGAUCUUGUAAAGCCAGUGAAUCGGAAUGUUCAGUCUUGGAUUAGCGAGAUUCACAUUAUUAGUGGAGGCCCCAUCCAUGGAAGAAGUGUUAACGGUGCGAAAGCAACCCAGAAGGAAUUCAGGCAUCAUGUCAAUUUCAAUGCAAGUCUGUCGUGGAAGAGUCCGCCAGCAAUGCCGGCGAUGUCAUUUACACUGGAGGAUGCAAAGCAUGUAGUGUACCCUCAUGAUGAUCCGCUGGUAGUAACACUGAAAGUCUCAAACUGCCUGGUGCACAGAAUUUUGGUGGAUGGGGAAAGCUCUGCAAAUAUUAUGUACUUUUCAACAUUUGAAAAGCUCAUGCUGGGCCGCGAAUAUCUGAAGCCGGUCAGGUAUCCCGUCAUCGGAUUCACGGGGGCAUCAGUGGUGCCAGACGAGUUGAUUUCACUUCCAGUACGUAUUGGGGAGGAUGAUACAGCCAGAGAUGUCAUGACCGAGUUCCUAGUGGUGGAUGUUCCGGGAGCCUACAAUGCAAUCAUUGGACGCCCAUUCAUUCAUGACGUCCAAGGUGUCGUCUCAACUUACCACUUGACAAUGCUGUAUGUUUCCAAUGACGGAUCGACAUCAAGAUUGAACGGCAAUCAGGAGAUGAGGAGGGCCCAAAGAAGAGCUCAAGUUGAAGGAGGUGAAGGUAAUGAAGCAGAGGAAGUAGUCACUGUCCGGAAGAGUAAGGAAGUGCCGCUGGAGGAGCUGGAGUCCCGGCCAGAGGAUGAGCUGAGACCACAGCCUGAUGGAGAGACAAAACAAGAAACAUUGGCAUAUGAUCCUGCUCGGUCGGUCGCUAUCGGGAUGGACAUGGACCCAGAGGUCCGGGUAAACCUGGUAACUCUCCUAAGAGAAAAUGCUGACAUAUUUGCAUUCUCGGCGGACGAGAUGCCGAGAAUAGAUCCGGUCGUGAUGGUCCAUCGUUUAAACGUCGACAGCGCAGUCCGACCGGUAAAGCAGAAGAAGAGAGCCUUUUCGGCCGAAAAGAAUAAGGCCAUCAAAGAAGAAGUAGAGAAGCUGAUAGCGGCCGAUUAUAUCGAGCCUUGUGAUUACCCUGAAUGGCUGGCAAACGUAGUCAUGGUGAAGAAGGCUAACGGCCAAUGGCGUAUGUGUGUGGACUUUACAAACCUGAAUAGAGCAUGCCCUAAGGACUGUUAUCCUUUGCCAAGGAUAGACCAUCUAGUGGAUUCCACUAGCGGACAUGCACUGUUGAGUUUCAUGGAUGCCUUCUCAGGGUAUCAUCAAAUCAGUUUACUAAGAGAGGACCGUAAGAAAACGGCAUUCAUCACAGACGGAGGCGUCUAUAAUUACAAGGCAAUGCCUUUUGGCUCAAGAAAUGCUGGCGCAACCUAUCAGAAGUUGGUCGACAAGGUCUUCGCGGACCAGAAGGGGCGCAAUAUAGAAGUGUAUGUGGACGAUUCUAUUUUAAAAAGCAAAACAGACCGAGAGCAUGUGGCGGAUCUGGAGGAAACAUUCAGUACAUUGAGAAAAUACAGAAUGAAGUUGAACCCAAAGAAAUGUCUCUUCGGCGUGAGAGCGGACAAGUUCUCGGGGUUUAUGGUGAGCAAAAGAGGUAUUGAUGCGAAUCCGGACAAGGUUCAAGCAAUUUUAAGCCUUCCAGAACCCAAGGGAGUCAAAGACAUCCAGAGAUUAACAGGAAAGAUGGCUGCUUUGACAAGAUUCAUAUCAAAAUCAGCCGAUAAGGCCCUCCCGUUUUUCGCAUUGCUAAGAUGA